AUAAACAAUUUGGGGUCCUUUCUUGCGGUAUGCUAGCUGUCGGAGCCGUAAUACAGUCACAUUGUUUCACACUUUUUUGUAAACUGACAGAAAAUAACACCCAUAUAUUUCGAGUUGAGGAAUGUUGAUAAAAUAGAAAUUUCGUCGGAUUAGUUUAAUGUUCUCUAACUGCUCCACUAGUUUUGCUUUUAAACGUCGAAGGGUGUGUUUUUUCUAUCGCCGUCAACACAGCAGUAACGUUAGCAUUAGCAAACAAGCUUAACAUUAAAAACCUACGCUGUUCUGACAGUUAGCCAACUAAAACUAGAGGGAGGCGUUAAUGAGCAGUGAUGUCUGGAAUCGCUCUUAGCAGACUGUCCCAGGAGCGCAAAGCUUGGAGAAAAGACCACCCAUUUGGUUUUGUUGCUGUGCCUACGAAGAAUCCCGAUGGGACCAUGAAUCUGAUGAACUGGGAAUGUGCCAUUCCAGGGAAGAAGGGAACUUUAUGGGAGGGUGGACUCUAUAAACUCAGAAUGCUGUUCAAAGAUGACUACCCAUCCUCUCCCCCAAAGUGUAAAUUUGAGCCACCGAUAUUCCACCCGAAUGUCUACCCAUCAGGCACUGUGUGUCUGUCGAUCCUGGAGGAGGAUAAAGACUGGAGACCUGCCAUCACCAUUAAACAGAUCCUGUUGGGUAUCCAGGAGCUGCUGAACGAGCCUAAUAUUCAAGACCCAGCACAAGCAGAGGCAUACACAAUUUACUGUCAGAACAGGAUGGACUAUGAGAAACGAGUAAGGGCGCAGGCCAAGAAGUUUGCCCCCACAUAGAGUAAAGAGUUGGUUUCUAUGCCCCUGAACCUCCCUGAAGUGACAGAGGUUACAAGCAGGAGGCAGGGAGCACUCGAAGGACCACUCCAAUAAGAAUCCAGCUUUGAGUAUUAUCCUACUACACAGGUGACAACUGAACCUGUUUUUCUUUCUUUGUUUUAUUCUUUUUAAAACAACACAUUAUAAUUUUUCCUGUCUUGAAGAAAGGCAUUUUUAAUGCAUAGCUCAUGAUCCUAGAACUCUGCAGUCAACAUGACCUUUGCUAUUCAUAACUCCUGUAUAAUCCACAUUUCCAGUUUGGACAUGAGUGCUGCUCUUUUCACUCAUGCACAUCAUGCUAAUGUACAGACGGAGCUGUAAAAUAAGAUGUCAUGUCGAAACCACUCAGUGUAAUGUGAAGUCAGUUGGGGCAGAGGAAGAGAUUUAGCCUGUUUUCAGCCUUCCUCUUUUACAAACCAGACUCCAGAAGUGUUGUAGAUAGUGUUCAUGCAUAUUGGCAAAAUACUGAGAAGCACAGUGGAAGUCGACUCUUCUUUUGUGCUUUGAAUUCAGUAAUAAAUAAAAGUGUCCAAAGAAUAUCCACAACUCAUCACAUCAGGUCAAAGACAAUCUUGGCACAUCUUGUUUAUUUCAAGGCCUCUGACUGCUUCACUUUGUAAAUGAUUUAGGGCUGCAACCUUUUCAUUAGUUUCCUCAAGUAUUAGUUUUGUCUUUACCAGAUAAAAAAUAAAAUAAAAUAGUGA